UUUUGGGGGGGCUAGUAGUAUAGAAAGGCCUGGGCCCAAAGGAAUUAUACAGAAAGCCCAUAAAUGGAUCCAGGAACCAGUACGGCCGGAAGCCUGAGUGGGCCCGGCUUGUUGAUUAUGUUUUUGAAUUCAACAGAUCCCGCUCUUCUAUCAUUUUAAAACGCACCUAACCUUUUCUGUAUAUAAAACAGAGAGCCGUUAGACAGCACGCACUUUUUUUUUUCCCUCUGUAGAAAAGCCUAAAGAAGAAAGAGAAAGAAAUACGAAUUAGAAAAUACACAAGGAGAGAUCAGGAAUGGCGACGAACAUCGGCAUGAUGGAUUCCGCUUACUUCGUAGGAAGAUCUGAAAUUCUCGCUUGGAUCAAUUCAACUCUUCAACUUACUGUCUCCAAAGUCGAAGAGGCGUGUUCCGGUGCGGUUCAUUGCCAGCUGAUGGAUGCCGUUCACCCAGGGAUGGUGCCGAUGCACAAGGUCAACUUCGAUGCAAAGAGCGAGUACGAAAUGAUCCAGAACUACAAAGUCCUUCAAGAUGUCUUCAACAAACUCAAGAUCACCAAGCACAUAGAGGUAAACAAGCUUAUCAAAGGAAGACCGCUUGAUAAUUUGGAAUUUAUGCAAUGGAUGAAGAGAUACUGCGAUUCUGUUAACGGAGGCCUUUUGCACAGUUACAAUCCGCUGGAAAGGAGAGAGACUUCCAAGGGAGGAAAAGAAACAAGCAAGAAGGGUGCAACGACGCAAUCGUCCGCCAAAGGUUCCUCGGCUGCUCCCCGACCUCAAUCUUCCCACAAUGCUCGAAAGAAUGAUGUAGCUUUUGCAAAUAUCGCAAAUCAAACUGUUAAGGCUGCUAAACCACCUAGCCCCGUGCUUGCUUAUGAGGAACAGAUAAUGGAGUUGAAGCUAUCAGUAGACAGGCUUGAGAAGGAGAGGGACUUCUACUUCGCAAAGUUGAGAGACAUUGAGAUUUUGUGCCAAAGCCCCGAGAUUGAACACUUACCGAUUGUUUCUGCAAUCAAAAGGAUUAUGUAUGCAACAGACGACGAUGCAUCAGUGGUGGCAGAAGCACAAGCCAUGGUGUCUCUUAACCAGAAAGAACCAGAAUCCUUGAGUCCCAUUGCCGAGGUCUCUGAAGAAAAGACCAACUCUGAAGCCCAGAAGAGGAAAAACAUUCUGAACCUCGACGUUGAUGUUGCCGCCAUUGCAACACUGUCCCCAAGGCAAAGGCUCUCUGAUGCUUCUGAUGUCCAUUGCAGUGGGUCACCAUUAAUGACGUACUGAUCAUCACCUCCCGAGCUUCAACUUGGUUUCCUCGAGUAUUUUGCCUUUGCCUAUAUGACCCGUAGGCCUGUCUGUUGUCCGAAAUAUACUUGGAAAGAAAAGACAUGAGAAGCAAUGGUCUAUAGAGAAUGCUUAUGUCGUGUCAUUUUUAGAGAAAUAUAAAAGAACUAUAUGUAUCUCCUUUUUGUUUCAGGAGUACUGUUGAAUAGUCAGUUGAGAUAUUGUUCUCCUAUGGAGAGAACCUAUAUAAAAUGCUUUUCUAUAUAUGGAUU